AUAGAAUAAUAUAUUCUUUACCACUUGUUGCUCUCCAUCACCCAAUCCCAACACACAUGCAUUCUAUUCUCUCCCUCUUUUGUCUGUAAAUUCUGACGCAGCCCACAUUACUCCCAUUAAUUAAUAUAUUUUCAUAUCCAAUUUACUUCUUUCUUUCUGAUUGACCUUUCACUUCUCUGCUUCAGAUUUCUUUUUCUACCCCCAAUUUUAAUCUUAAUUAGAGAAGGGUUUUUCCUCUUGUUGCUCUACUUGUGAUCAGAACAAAAAAAAAAGGAGGAUAUAAUUAAUUUUAUUAAGGAAUUAGUAAAAAAACAAAAAGAAAAUGAUGAUGAGGAGGAAACUAGCUUGUUGCACCAGAGAUUUAAAGGAGAUUAGCAUCGAUUUCGAUGAGCAAGAGAGAAUAAUGACGUAUAACGGGCUCGAGAGCUGCAUUCUGAACAGCAAUUCUUUCGAUAAUGAAAGUGGGACGAGCAGAGGUGACGAAUGCGUCACUGAUUCAUUCGACGAAGAUGAUUCCAGCUGUUCUUCCAGCACUAAUACUAAUGCAUUCGGUUCAUUUUCGUCUCUCUGGACGAUAAUGAAAAAAGACGAUCAUUGUCAAGAAGAAUGGACCCCACAAAAAGAAAAACCAAAGGAAAAACAAGACUGUAAUAAUAACAAGUUUUCGGAUUUCGAAACGAUGAAAGAGAAAUUCGCUAAGCUAUUGCUCGGUGAGGAUAUCACCGGCGGUACUAAAGGGACUUCCACUGCAUUAGCACUUUCCAAUGCCAUAACGAACUUAGCAGCUUCGGUUUUCGGUGAGCUAUGGAAGUUGGAGCCGUUGGACGAGGAAAGAAAGAGUAAGUGGCGAAGAGAAAUGGAAUGGCUUCUCUCGCCGACUAAUUAUAUGGUCGAGUUGGUUCCCGCAAAGCAAAACGGAGCAAAUGGGCGUACUUUAGAGAUAAUGACACCAAAAGCUCGAGCGGACAUUCACAUGAAUCUCCCUGCACUGCGGAAAUUGGAUUCCAUGCUUAUUGAAACGCUCGAUUCGAUGGUUGGUACCGAAUUUUGGUACACGGAAGUUGGUAGUAGAGCAGAAGGAAGAAACAGAAGCGGUGAUGGAAAGAGCAUGCGGUGGUGGCUACCUUCGCCUCGUGUACCUACGAUUGGUCUUUCAGACAUAGAAAGAAAGAGAUUAUUACAUCAUGGUAAACUUAUCUAUCAAAUAUUCAAAGCUGCUAAAUCGAUCAACGAAAACGUAUUGGCCGAAAUGCCUAUUCCCACCGCCAUCAAGGAUGCACUUCCAAAGUCUGGAAAAUUGAGUCUUGGGGAGGAGCUGUAUAGAGUAUUGUCUGCCGAGGAAACGAUUGAGUGUCUGAAUUUGAAAUCGGAGCAUAGUGCUCUUGAGGCGAUUAAUAGAUUGGAGGCGGCUAUAUUUGCGUGGAGAGAGAAAAUUUUGGAACAAGGAAAUGGAAAAUCUCCGGCUCGAAAUUCGUGGUCUUUUGCUAAAGAUCCGAUUUUUGAGCUGGAAAAAACGGAGUCUUUAGUGAACCGAGCUGAAGUGCUCGUGCGGGAGCUCAAGGCGAAAUAUCCGAAUCUUCCUCAGACGUUUCUUGACGUGACGAAAAUCCAAUACGGCAAGGACGUGGGGCACUCGAUUCUGGAGGCAUACUCGCGAGUUCUUGCCAGCCUGGCGUACAGCGUACUGUCGAGGAUAGGUGAUAUUCUGCAUGAAGAUGUCAUGAGCAAUCCAAAUUCGCCGGUGGCAAUUUCGAAUCUCGUUGGAUCCAGAAUUCCCGGGUUAUCAGAUAGCCCGAUGCUGGAUCGAGUGAGGCACUCUCUUAUUCAUCAGCUCAAUAAUAGUAAUAUUAAUAAUAAUAGCAGCACAGAUGGAAAAUCUUGCGACAGCGUUCAUGAGAGUGAUGCUUCUGCUGAUGUGGAAGAGGCGAAGAUUAGUUCGGUGAGUCAAACGCCGAGCCGGAGUAGGGUUUGGUGCAUCGGCAGAGAGGCUUGCCAUAGUUUGUCUGCUCAGAAUUCUCCUUGAUAGAUAUUAGUUUUUUGUAUAUAUAAUGUAUCCAUACCCUGCUACCAUGUGAUUUUUUGUCUUGGAUCACAGGGGUGAAAGAGGAGGGUCUUUUUUACAUGUGAAACUUGUUGAACAACAAAUAUUUAUAUUUUAUAUUAUUAAUUAUUAAAUUCAACGAGUAUCGUUUAUC